AUGGAUGGAGAUAAGAGCAAAAUAGAACCAAUAUUUAAAUAUUUACGCAUAGCUUCAGACUUAAAAGAUAUUUUGAAGAAUGACUCAGUUUCGUGUAUAGCAGCCACUAGUAAAUUAAUAUUGAUUGGAACAAACUGGGGAAAAUUGUACAUUCUGGAUCACGAAGGAAAUGCAAUUAGCGACCAAAAGUUCCCAAAACAUAUGGUCUCAAUCAAUGAGAUAUCUGUUGAUUCGAAGGGAGAGUAUAUAGCCACUUGCAGUGAUGAUGGAAAGAUCCAUAUAAAUUGUCUCUACUCGAUCGAAAACAGUAUUUAUUUUAAUCUAGAACAUCAAGUCAAGUGUAUUCAACUAGAUCCAGAUUAUGAAAGUAAACGACGAUUUAUUGUUGGCGAUCAUCAAUUAAAAUUGUAUGAAAAGACUUUGUUGCGAGGCAUUAAGCCAUCAAUCUUGUGUGAAUCGGAAGGAACGAUAAAUACAUUAAAGUGGAAUGGACCGUUUAUAGCAUGGGCAAAUGCUAUUGGUGUUAGAGUCUACGAUACAUAUGAGAAAUGUUCAUUAGGACUGAUCAAAUGGGAAGAACCAAAGCAAGGCAAACUCACAGAUUUUCGAUGUAACUUGUUAUGGUCAAACGCAACAUUGCUUAUAGGAUGGGCGGAAACUAUAAGAAUUUGUAUGAUAAGAAAAAGAAAUGUCAUGGAAAUGUCGACCAGAUCUCUUCCUGGAUAUAUUAUUGAUCCAAUAUCAACAUUAAAGAUGGAAACUUAUGUUUGCGGACUAGCUCCAUUAGAAAAAAACCAAUUAGUUGUUUUAGGACUACCAAAAGAAAAAGACCAAGAAAAUGUCUCUCCACGACCCGUAUUAUGUGUCAUCCAGUAUAAAUGCAAUGAGUAUGAAGAAUUAUGCACUGAUAGCUUGACAUUGACAGAUUAUGAGCAUUAUUCAUCAAAUGACUACAGUUUACAAUGGCUGACUGACGAAAAUAAGUACUUUUUAAUCUCCCCAAAGGAUAUCAUUACUGCGUCUCAAUAUGAUACCGACGAUCGAGUCAAAUAUCUGAUAAAUCAUGAUCAAUAUGAGAAAGCGUUAGAUGUGAUCAGGGAGAAAGGAGGAAAGUUUUCGAUAAUACAAGUUGCUCGUCUCUACGUCGACUUUCUCUUAAACCACCAGAAAUAUGAAGAAGCAGCUAAAUUAUGUCUCGAUACGUUUGGUAAUAAUAAAGAUUUAUGGGAGGAGGAAGUCUACAAGUUUGUAAAAGUCAAGCAACUUCGAUCAAUCAGCUCAUUUUUACCGCGUACAGAAGAUUGUAAAUUAAAUCCUCAAGUUUAUGAGAUGGUGCUUUAUGAAUAUUUAAAAUUUGAUAAAAUGGGAUUUUUGCAGUUGAUUAAGGAAUGGCAACCGUAUCUUUACAAUACAACAGCAGUCAUAAAAGUCAUUGAUGAUUUAGAAUAUGACAAGAAGGAUAAGAAAAUUUUGCUUGAAGCUUUAGCAAUUCUUUAUUCGCACGAGAGGAAGUACAAUUACUCAUUAAAAGCUUACAUUCAAUUAGAGCAUAAGGACGUAUUUCAGUUGAUUAAAACUCACAAGCUAUACAGUUCUAUAAAAGGAAUGAUCAUUGAUAUUAUGAAUCUGGAUAAUGAGAAAGCCAUCAGCAUAUUACUCGGACAAAAUGACAUUACACCUGCUGAGAUUGUUGAGCAAUUAGAAAAAAACGAGAAUUUCUUGUACCAAUAUUUGGAUGCAUUCAAAAAGGUGGACAUGACUGGGAAAUUUGAUUGGAAACUUGUUAAUCUUUAUGCAAAAUAUGAUCGUGACAAAAUGCUACCUUUAUUGCGUAAAUCCUGGAGUUAUCCACUUCAAGAUGCUUAUGAGCUAUGUAAGACUAAUUUAUUCUUUCCAGAAAUGGUUUAUUUGUUAGACAGAAUGGGAAAUACUAAGGAGGCACUCGAGAUAAUUUUGAGGCAGAUCAAAAAUAUUCGGAUAGCUAUUGUUUUCUGUAGUGAACAUGAUGAUAUAGAAUUAUGGGAAUAUUUGAUCAAUGAAAGUAUUGAAAUGCCUGAAAUUAUCACAUUGUUGAUGGACGGAUUGUCAACUUAUUCUCUUGAUCCUCUCAUCAUCAUAAAUCGUCUUCAGGAAGGACAGAAAAUCCCAGAACUUAAGAGUUCACUUAUUAAAAUGCUUACUGGAUAUAGUCUUCAGGUCUCAAUCCACACUGGCUGUAAUGAAAUUCUGAAAACUGAUUACUUCGAAGUACAUAGUAAAUUAAUUACUGUUCAAAAUAAGGCAUCAUCGAUUGAAAAUCAGUCAGUUUGCUGUCUAUGUCAUCGAAACAUCAUUGGAUUAAAAGAUGCAAAUAAAUCGGAUGUUGUUAUUGUUUUCAACUGCAAGCAUAUGUUCCAUGAAAGCUGUGUUAGUGAAAGAUUUGAUCUUGAUUGCUGUUCAAUUUGUAUUCCGACAAAAGCACCUUAG